GAAUGUAUCAUUCGAUCGUUUCCAUUCAAACUGAACAGCGAGCAUUCAUUUAUAAUGUUCCAUCAAGUUUGCUUAAUUUUCGUGCUUGGGUUCAGCAUCACCCAGGCUCUUGGCAUUGACAAUAGAAUUAUUGGAGGAGUUCCCACAACCAUAAGGGAAUCACCUUAUCAACUGACCUUGGAUUACAAGGAACAACAUAUCUGUGGCGGAUCACUUAUAACAAAUAAAUGUGUCCUUACCGCAGGACAUUGCAUAGAAAGCUUAAUGUGGCCGGAUAUGAUAGUAGUUCGAGGUGGUAUGACUCGCCUGUCGGAGAGGGGUGUAAGUCAGAGAAUCUCUAGGAUCUUCAAACACGAGAAUUUCAACCUUGAAACCAUGAACAAUGAUGUCGCUAUUCUUCGCUUGCGAGGACCACUCCAGGGACAGAACAUCAAAACCAUUAAACUUACGAAUAGGACCGUUGCCGUUGGCGAGCAAGUUGAAAUCACCGGAUUUGGUUAUACAAAUGAAAACAUUACCAAUAAUUCGAAUGUUCUGAGAGAAGUUCUGGUCAAUGUGAUCAGUCAGAAAGAGUGUAAAAAGGCCUAUCAAGGAGCGAAUAACGUAACUGAGGGUAUGUUCUGUGCCACAGUGAAAGGAGGCAAAAAGGAUGCUUGUCAGGGAGAUUCUGGUGGUCCAGUUGUGUCGAAGAAUGAGCUUGUUGGUGUCGUUUCAUGGGGCAUUGGGUGUGGUCGGCCUGAAUAUCCUGGCGUCUUCGCCAAUGUAAAAUACUUCCGAUCAUGGAUAGACAAUAUUGUCAGCAAAUAUUGUUAAAAGACAAAAUAACUUUUAUAUAAAUUAAUGAACAAAUGCAAA